UCUCUUCGCUGUUUGCAGUUUCUAGCUAACGCUUUCUUCUGCUGCUUCUGCUGCUUCUGCUGCUUCUGCUUAGAGUUAGAGGCUUGAGAGGUUCAGAGCAAUCUCUCUUAAUUUCAUCCUCUCCUUCACUUCUCCCUCAUCCUAUACUCUAUCUGCACCAGUAAGUAACGAUGGCUGCUAAGAGGCUUCUUGAUGAAUCCCGUAAAGAACCAGACAACAAGCAGCAGCCAGAUCCCAAAAGGAUCAGAACUACACCCUCUUUUGCAGCUGUAAUUGGAGAAGUUGUGAUGGUGAAAUCAUUCCAGAGAUUUGUCUCAUCCUUGGAGCCAUUGCUUCGAAGAGUGGUGCAUGAAGAGGUGGAACGUGGGCUUGUAUGCAAAAGUGCACGUCCUCUCCAUAGGGCUCCCUCAUUGCAAAUUCGAGCAGUCCAAGCUUCAACCUUGACACUUGGCUUCAGCAAAAAGCUCACAAUCCCUGUGUUCACUUCAAGCAAAGUUGAAGAUGUGGACAAUAACCCACUUCAAAUCCUCCUCAUGGAUACUCUUGAAGGCGAUCGAAGGAUUCCGACCACUUUACCUUAUCCCAUCAAAGUAGAGAUAGUAGUUAUUGACGGGGACUUCCCGUCCAGUGAUGGUGAAAAUUGGAAUACUGAACAAUUUAACAGUAAAAUUGUGCGAGAAAGAACGGGGAAGAGGCCAUUGCUCACCGGAGACGUGAAUGUGACGGUGAGAGAUGGUAUUGCUACUGUUGGCGAAUUAUCGUUCACCGAUAAUUCAAGUUGGAUUCGAAGUCGGAAAUUCAGAUUGGGUGCAAGAGUGGUUCCAGGGAGUUGCCAUCAAGGGGUUAAGAUACGUGAAGCCAUGACAGAACCCUUCAUGGUUAAAGAUCACCGAGGAGAAUUGUACAAGAAGCACCAUCCACCAUCCCUGGAAGAUGAUGUAUGGCGUCUAGAGAGAAUUGGAAAAGAUGGAGCCUUGCACAAGAAGCUGGCCUUGGAAGGCAUCCACACAGUCCAGGACUUCUUGAAGCUUUGGGUUGUUGAUACAGCAAAGCUUAGAAGGCUCUUGGGUGGAGGGUUAUCGGAGAAGAAAUGGGAAGCAACAAUAAAGCAUGCCAAGACCUGUGAGAUGGGAAGCAAGAAGUAUAUCUUCCGCGGACCACAUUACUCUCUCGUCUUGAAUCCUAUUUGUCAAGUCGUAGGGACUAUGCUCGACGGCCAAUUCCACACUACCGGCCACGGUAUAACUGGAUUUCAGAGGACUCACGUUGAGCAGCUGAUUAGAGAAGCCUACAUGCAAUGGGAUUCAUUGGAAGAGUUGGAAGCAAUGGUGCAACCAACACAAACAGAUGGUGUUCUGCAACUGCAAUAUUUGAAUUAUCAUCAAAAUAUUCCAAGAAUAAAUCAACACGACACUCUUAUUACUGAUACUACGCUCUUUGAGGUGCCUAAUGGAGACGUGGAAUCAGUUCGUGAUCAUUGGACACAAAAUUCGACAUAUUUCAGCUCCCAAAUUAGAGAUGGAAAUGUUUAUAACAUGUCAGACGACUCAUCAGAAGGUGAUUUGACUUCAUCUCGGGUUUACUUCAAUUGAAUCAAAUUGGACAAUGUACAUAGCAGACCGGAGACAGGUUCAUGGAAUCCUCUUCGUAAGAUGCCGCCCUAGUUCGUUUAAAAUCGUUGUGGCUUUUGGCUCAAAAUGAUGUGAUUUUGGUACAAAAGUGUGUAUCAGUGACUGACUUAAAUCCAUCCACUCAUCCAUCAAACAAAGAUGCUCAAAGUCCAUAUGUAAAUAUUUAUUUCAAGAAGAAUGAAAGUCACUUGGAGAAGUUUAGUGAAUUGAAACCAAUGACAUUUCUCAUUUUA